GUCGUGGGUUCAAUUUUGUAUUGUUGUGCACUUCGGCAUUCAUUGGCGUCUCUUUUCACGGUGGAAAAUCACACUGGCCGGUUAAGAAAACUAACUAAAGAAAGGGCGAAAACACUUCGUCGGAAUCUGUGCAGAGUCGAGUAUUUAUCAAGGUGUACUUGACAAGAAAUGUCUUCCAUAUUAAAUGCUUUCAAAGUUGCAUCUCUUUCGAAUUGCCGUGAUUUUUUGCGAAUAGUUUGGCAAGAUGGACGACAAUCCAAGUUUUCAAACAUUUGGCUACGGUCUGCCGUUCGAGACGCGAAGUUUUUUGACGCCAACUCACUGCUGUAUCGUCGGCAUGAGUAUGUUAAUUUCAUAGCCAAUCAUACGCCUCUGAUGUCAGCCGAGUGUGAAGAUAAUAACGUCCUAGUGAAGUGGGAGAACCACAGCAGUAACUUUGAUGCUUCCUGGCUCAGAGCGCACGACGGCAGUGUGAAUGAUGAUUUGGUUGGCCCAUCUGAAGUUGUGUUAUGGGAUUCUCAGUCUGAGUUUCCGGUUACCUAUCAUUACAGUGAAAGGGCGGAGAAACUUGAACAAUGGAUGAUUGACCUUAGGAAAUAUGGAGUGGUGUAUUUUGUGAACGUACCAGCCAACGAGAAGGGUCUUGAUGACGUCAUGCAACAGAUAGGUGUCUUAAAACAACGGUUUCAUCCAACUAACAAGCUUCCCAUAACAAGUGACCCCACUCAAAGAAAGGCCAUAGAUAGAGACGUCUACAGCAGUGACUAUCUAUCCGUGCACAAUGACACUGCCUAUCACCCAGUCCCCUAUAAAUUAUCUGGUUUGCUUGGAAUAAAUUACGAUGCUCCUAUCCAAGACACGGAAAAUUACUUUGUAGAUAACCUCCGAAUCAUUGGAGAGCUUCAAAAAAAGCACCCGGAAGCGUACGAUCUGUUACAAAGUAUUCCUGUACAAUUGAGCCGACGACGUAUGAAUGUGCAAGAAAAAUGCGACCCUGCUGAUGUGCGCAUGUACCAGUACGAUUUGGUUUUCACUACCCCUCUCAUUUCAUAUGAUCACUCUGAGGGAUUACCCACGCUUCGCUUUACGGUAAAGCAUUCCGGCUUUGAAAUGGACAGCAUCAAAGAUCAUUCCGUAAUGGAAAAAUACUAUAAAGCCUUUUUGCUGCUAGAGUCGAUGCUUUCUGAUCCCUUCUAUCACCAGAAGGUCAUUCUCAAUGCUGGAACUUUGGCAAUUUUCAAUAAUAGCCGCGUCGCCCAUGGCCGUGGACCCAUUCAUCCGACGACAUCUCGUUUUGUCUACCUGGGCUUUAUGUCCGAGGAGAUGUGGCGUACUCGUUGGCGAAUCAUUCUUGGAGAGAAGUCCGGACUUCCUGAGAAAUGGCUGUAUGGUUGUUCUGAGGCGACGCUUCAAGUGUUGGCAAAAAGAAAGAUAUCGGAGAAUGUCAAGAAAGAUUUGAAUGUAGCUAAAAAUCGUUCAAGUAAACAGACGAACACUAAAAAUAACAAUACAUAAAUAAGGUUUUUUAAACAGUUCAUGUUCCCAGUACUUGUCCACACAUUUGGAUUAUAAUUUUCUUAAUAAAUGUAACGUGAUCUUUACGUACGAAAAGUUGCCAUUUGUACAUUUUGUGGUUAGGCGAACAGAGAAAUUGGCAAACAUGUUGUCACAUGCAAUGUCACACUGGCUGACCAUUUUUUACGCCCUGAGAAUUAGUAGCAUUCAUUUUCUAUUACAAUAUUUCUAUUAAAUAUUUGAAAAGUCACGAACUUCGAA